AUUUUGUACGCGUGUAUUACGGUUUAAACCAAUCAACGUUCAGAGCUUGACGUCAUUUUGUUUUAGAAGUACACAAGUCACUGAAAAGAAAAUCAUGGCUGAUUUCCAAAAAAAGCUAGAAAAUUUGACGAAAUUUCAUCAUCUAUCAAAAUCCGUUAAAGAACAUUUGAAAUGUGUCUACGGAACUUUAGCCAUCGGAAUGGCUCUUGCGGCAGCUGGUGCAUAUGUUCACAUAUUCACAGCUCUGCUAAGGAAUGGAUUUUUGACUUUAAUAGCUUCGAUUGCCUGUUUGUUCGCCCUGUACAGCACACCACAUAACAGAACAACUGAAAAGAGGCGUUUAGCCUAUUUUGGUGGAUUCACUUUUUGUGCCGGUAUUUCUCUUGGUCCUCUCCUUGAAAGAUUGAUCAUGAUAGAUCCAAGUAUCAUUACCACUGCUUUAACCGGAACGGCAAUGAUAUUCAUCUGCUUCUCUCUGUCUACCCUUUACUCCAACAAACGACCAAGUUUAUUCCUCGGAGGUCUUCUUUCGUCUGGUAUAUCUUGUCUACUAGUAGUUUCCCUCGCCAAUAUAUUUUUCAGAUCAAACCUAAUAUUCCAGUUUGAAUUGUAUGUUGGAUUCGGUAUCUUUUGCCUUUUCGUAAUAUACGACACCCAAAUGAUCAUUUACAAGCGUGAAAACGGUGAUGAUGAUUACAUCAAGCACAGUUUGGAUUUGUUCAUUGAUAUGAUUGAGAUUUUCCGCUAUCUUGCUAUAAUUCUUGGCAACAAAGAACAAGGAAAGAAGAAGAAGCGUGAUGAUUAG